GACACAUCUAUACUUAAAAAAAUUGACACAUAUAUACUCAAGGAAAAAAAGUUGAAUCAAAACGAAAAAAGAAACAACCAUGAAUCCAAAAAUUCUCAUCGUGUUCAUUCUUCUUCUUAAUCUCACAUCAAAAUCAAUUCAAAACCCUAACCCUAAAACCCCCAAACCAAUCCCAUCCCCAGCACACAUAGAACUCGCAACCUACGGUUUCCCAAUCGGUCUUCUCCCCGCAACAACCGUCUUAAACCACUUCAUCAACAAAACCUCCGGCGAAUUCUCCGUCAAACUCGCCGGCGCGUGUAAAAUCACGCUUCCACCUGAUAAUUACGUUGCUACGUAUUCGGAUACAAUUACAGGGAAGAUUGUGAAAGGGAAAAUUGCGGAGCUUGAUGGAAUUAGGGUUCGUGCGUUUUUUAAGUGGUGGGGUAUUACUGGGAUUAGGUCUUCUGGUGAUGAUGUUGUGUUUGAAGUUGGGGUUGUUACGGCGAAGUAUCCGGUGAAGAAUUUUGUUGAUAGUCCUCCUUGUGAAGGAAAGCAUUCUGCUUUUUGAUUGAAAGGAUAUUUGGUACUUAUUCCCAUUUCACAGCCUAUAUGUGCAAGUAUAAUGCGAUUAAGUUCGUUCACUUCCACUAAAUGAAGAUUAUUUAGAAGCCACAAGUAUUGUGUAAUAUUACUACUAGGAUAAUACUUUUAUGUAAUGGAAUCUAUGCUACAACGAAUCUACUUUGAUACCACUUGUUUGUGCUGGUCACGUUGGAGUCGUUAAUAAGACCACUUUGAGCCUUUUUUAUUUGAUAUUCUAUGUUACCAACCCAUGUAUAUAGUAGUGUGACAUGCCUUUUCAAAGUCACAAUGUCAUGCAAAUUAAAUAUUCCUCAACCUUUUCAUUGUGCUGGUAAUGUAAUGGCCUUGCUUGGAGAAUGAUAGGGUUGUACUGUAGUCUGUAUGUAUAAUACUAUGAUUCAAUACUUUUUAUAUAUUUUAAGUUUUAAUUUGGUUUUGAUA